AAUCCAAGAAAAUGUUUGAAUCGGCCUAAUCCAAAAAAGACAGACGCCUCGAGUUACAAAAGUGAGAGCAAAAGUUCUCUACUUUUGAGCAUAAGAUACUAGAAUAGUGCUUCCAAAAAGCGGCGAGUGCUGUACUUUUAGGUAGUGGGAUAUUGAGAAUAAGGCAAUCAGAAUCUUGUUACCUGAAAAGAUGCUAACUGGUCACAGUUGAAUCUUUGUUUCUUUGUUUGUUACAAUUCUUGCUCCAACAAAGAUUCAUUUCAGUUGCUCUCUCUUUUACGGAGAAAAGGCCAACGCACUUGAGACACUUUUUAUCCUUCAUAUCCACCUCAGAAGUUGUUUCAAACAUACCUCAUCCGUUUAUUUCUAGUGUUACUUUGCUCUGUUGAAACAAGCUCCUGUACCCUGAAUUUUCAGCUUUUUCUUGCAGUUGAAAUGUUUCUUUCUGCUGUGGCAAUCAAACAUUUUUCAGGUAAGAGCAAUUUAAACUGUUUUUAUGGAUGGUUUAGUACUGUUUCAGUUGUAGUCGUAGUGCUGUACUUGUGUUCUGCUUUAAAUGUGCUUUGUGAUGAUUUUACCAUGGUUUCCGUCCCUCUUGGUUUUGAGAUUAAUGGGAUGGACCAGAGCAAGAACUGGGUGUCUGAAAAUAGGGUUUUUGCAUUUGGAUUCUUGGAAAAGGAUGGCGAUGAUGAUCUUGAUAGCUAUGCAGUUGGCAUUAGGUAUAACUUAGGAAAUAUAACUGUAAAUUUGCCUGUUUGGACUGUUGGUGGGGGCAUUAAAGUUUCUAGAAACUCCAGCAUUAGGCUUGACAUGGAUGGCAGACUAGUUUUAUUUCAAUACCCUAAUGGAAAUCCUGUAUGGAGUAGUAAUACCUCCACUUUGGGUGUUGCAAAAGCUAGUCUUUUGAACAAUGGAAAUUUGGUUCUUUUGGAUAGUAAAGAUAAGGUGUUGUGGGAAAGUUUUGGUAGUCCAACAAAUACUUUACUUCCUGGUCAGUCUCUCUGUUAUCCUCAAAAUCUUAGAGCCCUUUCAAAAAAAUCAACAUUAAGUUACUAUAGUUUGGUAAUUAGCAAAUUUGGUGAGCUAGCACUAGUUUGGGAGCAUAAUGUGACCUACUGGAGGAGCCAGUUAAGCUCCUCUGUGAUUGUAAAGGAAGCAAGAUUUGGUGCUAAUGGAGUUUUGGGGCUGUCUGAUAACAAUGACAAAGUUUUCUGGUCUGUAUCAAGUAAGGAUUUUGGAGACCCUUCAGUUACUUUGAGACACCUUACUAUCGACCAAGAUGGCAACUUGAGAAUUUACUCUUGGGACAAUGUGAACGAGUGGAAAGUAGGAUGGCAAGCAGUGGGGGAUCAGUGCAGUGUGUUUGGUUCUUGCGGUUUGUAUAGUGUCUGUAAAUAUAAUUCUUCUGGCCCUGUUUGUGGUUGCCUGUAUUCUGGAUCCUCUGAAGGUGGAACCACUUCUGCUGUAGUUGAUUCAAGUGGUUCAGGGUGCCAAAAAAUGGUGGAUUUGGGGAACUGUAGAAUGCAUCCCAGCAUGGUUGAUAUGAAACAAACAGUUCUUUAUGGCCUUUAUCCACCAAAUGAUGUUAACCUGUUUUUGAGCCAGAAUGAUUGCAAGAACUACUGCUCAAAUGAUUCCACCUGCAUUGCAGCUACAUCGAUGAAUGAUGGUUCAGGACUCUGCACUGUCAAAAGAACAAGCUUUAUUAGUGGUUAUAGCACUCCUUCUGCUCCUUCCACUUCAUUUUUGAAGGUUUGUUCUGUUCCACAAGCAGUUGCAGCUCAAGGUGUGAACCCCCAUGAUAAUGGAGGAUUAGUUUAUUCGUCAAUUGGCAGAAACAAAGCUGGUAGAGGAAACAUCAGGGUGUUCAUUGGGGCAAUAGCACUGAUCGUUUUAAUAACGGUCUCAAUUGUUGUUGGCAUGGAGAUGUUUGCGUUUUGGCUUUUGCGCCGGAGAGGACAACUUAAAGCUCAAACACGUAUUCCAUUUGGAAAGGAUGCUCAAAUGAACCCACAUUACAGUGCUCUCGUCAGACUUAAUUUCGAAGAGAUAAGGGAACUGACUGACAACUUUGCAACUCCACUUGGACCUUCUCAUUGCAAAGGUACCCUUCCGAACAAAACAGUCAUAGUUGCUAAAAUGUUGAAUGAUGUUGCUGUUCCUGAGAAGGAAUUUCGAGUUGCUGUUUCUACCUUGGGUGGGACGCACCAUCGAAACUUAGUAGCCAUAAAAGGUUUCUGCUUUGAACCAAAACAUAAACUGCUUCUGUACGAGUAUGUUACCAAUGGAUCACUGGAUCAAUGGUUGUUCAGCUCUGAGGAGGAUGAAAACAGAAGGAUUUGGGAACAAAGACUGCAUAUUGCUGUUGGAAUUGCACGUGCUAUUGCUUACCUCCACACGGAGUGUCAGCAAUGCAUAACUCAUGGGAACCUGAAGCUAGAGAACGUCUGUCUUGAUGAAAAUCUUGUCCCUAAGGUGACAGAUUUUGGAUUAAGGACUUUACUCUUCAAGGAAGCAGCAUCUUCUUCAGAAACGCCAUCAGAGAAGGACAUAUACAUGCUUGGACAACUAUUGUUGCAGAUUGUUACCUGCAAAAGGGUUGUGAAUGGGAAGAAUUUGCAGCAAGUGCUUGAUGAGUUGUCUCAAGAACAAAAUUUUGGUGACAUUGAUGAUCUCAAAGCAGUGGAAAGAGUGGUGAAAAUUGCAAUGUGGUGUAUGCAAAUUCAGCCAUAUUUGAGACCUUCCAUAGGCGAAGUAGUUAAGGUACUGGAAGGCACGCUUUCAGUUGACGGACCCCCAUCAGGUUUUGUGUUUAAGCAUGACAACAUGGAUCAUGGUGAAACUGCAGUAGAGGGAGAAGAAUUCUAGAGAAAGCUACCUCGAGCUUAAUAGGAAGGCAAUCCUAACUGUAUGUGGUUCUAACCUCCAUGUUUUUUAGCUAGAGUUUAUCCUUCUAUGUGAGUUCGAAAUUUUGCUAAUGAACCCCAGAAGGUAACUUUACCAAUGCUUUGUAGCCUUGGAAUUUCCAUGAUAGAGUCCAAAUUUGUAAUUUAAUUCCGUGAACUAUGCGUAUCAGUUAUAUGUCAACACUAGAAUAUGUAGUGUAUUUUAUCA